AACUCGCCGGGGCUGGCGGCGGCGCCAUUUUGAAUCGGCCGAGGGUCGGAGGCGGCGGCCGCCGAGCUGGGAUUCGCGUCACCCGAGCCAGAACCGGCGAGGAAGGAGCGGAUAUGGCCGCGAAUAGGAACUUGAAGCAAGUGCGGAUCGAGAAUAGCUCUCCAGCGGCGCCGCUAGGCAUGGUGGGGGGUGGCGGCGGCGGCGGCAACCUGAAAGGAUUGCGGGGCCUAGAAGCGGAGAGUGAGGCGGCGGCGGCCAUGGCGCUGGCGCCGAGCAAAGAAGGUGGCGGAGAUGAGGAGCAGGAGGGUGGGUUCACCAUCGAUAUCAAGAGCUUUCUCAAACCUGGAGAGAAGAGCUACACUCAGCGCUGCCGGCUGUUCGUGGGGAAUCUGCCUACUGAUAUCACCGAGGAGGAUUUCAAGCGCCUCUUCGAGCGCUACGGGGAGCCCAGCGAGGUCUUCAUCAAUCGGGACCGUGGCUUCGGCUUCAUCCGCCUGGAAUCUAGGACCCUGGCUGAAAUAGCGAAGGCAGAACUUGAUGGUACUAUUUUGAAGAGCAGGCCACUUCGAAUUCGAUUUGCUACACAUGGAGCUGCCUUAACUGUCAAGAAUCUUUCACCUGUGGUUUCUAAUGAGCUGCUGGAACAAGCAUUCUCUCAAUUCGGGCCAGUGGAAAGAGCGGUUGUUGUAGUAGAUGAUCGUGGCAGAGCUACAGGAAAAGGUUUCGUAGAGUUUGCAGCAAAACCUCCAGCACGAAAAGCUCUAGAAAGAUGCAAUGAUGGGGCGUUCUUGCUAACAACAACACCUCGACCUGUUGUUGUAGAACCUAUGGAGCAAUUUGAUGAUGAAGAUGGACUCCCAGAGAAGCUAAUGCAAAAAACACAACAGUACCACAAGGAAAGAGAACAACCUCCACGUUUUGCUCAACCUGGAACAUUUGAGUUUGAGUAUGCUUCACGGUGGAAGGCUCUUGAUGAGAUGGAAAAGCAACAGCGUGAACAGGUCGACAGGAACAUUAGAGAAGCCAAAGAGAAACUAGAGGCAGAAAUGGAAGCAGCUAGGCAUGAGCAUCAGUUAAUGCUGAUGAGGCAAGAUCUCAUGCGUCGUCAAGAAGAAUUGAGGCGUUUGGAAGAACUUCGAAAUCAAGAACUUCAAAAACGCAAACAGAUACAAUUGAGACAUGAAGAAGAACAUAGACGUCGCGAAGAAGAGAUGCUACGUCAGAGGGAACAGGAAGAAUUACGACGUCAGCAGGAGGGAGGAUUUAAGCCAAAUUUCAUGGACAAUAGAGAACAGGAAAUGAGAAUGGGUGAUAUGGGUCCUCGUGGAGCAAUUAACAUGGGAGAUGCGUUUAGCCCAGCACCUGCUGGUAACCAAGGCCCUCCUCCAAUGAUGGGUAUGAAUAUGAACAACAGAGGAACUUUACCUGGCCCUGCAAUGGGUCCUGGUCCUUCCAUGGGACCAGAAGGAGCUGCAAAUAUGGGAACACCAAUGAUGCCAGAUAAUGGAACAGUGUUGCCAAGAAGGUUACAUGCAAGCCAGUAAAAUAUGGAAAAUAGUGUUCUCCGUGAUUUCUCCAGGAAAGAUGCUAUACACAGUUGCUUUAAAGAAGCAAGACUAUUCACAUAUACUUUUUCUUGGAAGAAAAUAUGUAAACUGCAAUUAAAAAGAUGGAAAUACUGUCUUUUAAAAUGCUAACGUUCUUCAUUCUUUGACACAAUAGCACUGUGUUGUUCCAUAUAUUAUGUUUCGCUUUUAAGGGAAAGAGCAUGUGAAAGGUAAGCCACAGCUCCAGUUCUAAUCAACUUCAAAUCAAAAGCCUUUUCCAGAAGGCACAGAAGGAAAACUGUAAUAAUGAAACAGUAGUUCAUUUUCAGUUUUGUUCCAGUUUGGAACAUUGUGCUUCUAGAACUUCCAGCUUUGUAUCAGUAGCAGUUCCACAUCUGACAUUUUCAGAACCAGAGCUGUGCCAAAUAAUGUAAAUAAAGUUUCUGCCUUAGUGUGUGAAGAGUGUGAUUACUGCAAUUCAAAAACUAAAUGUUUAGAGUUUUUAAAGAAAAUGUAUGAAAGCAGUGUCAUAUGUUGAAUUGCUGGUUUAAAAGUGAAAAUUAUGUCAACUUGCCAGUUGGGAUGGCUGUGCUUUUAGAACCAUUUUUGGAUAUGUGUCAGGUUAUGGUUGCCAUGUUAGUCUUUGUGUAGUUUUUGUAAUACCACUUCAUGCAAGUUCACCAUCAUUCUUGCAUCACAAUUGUAUACGGUUUCAUAUUUUAGUCGCAUUGAUGAAUGCAAGUGACUGUAGAACGGGGGUUCUAGAGCAUUUGUUUUGUAAUAUGUAACUUGUUUAGGAGAAUUUUUCAUUGCUAAGCUUGCUUUCUGUUUUGUGUUCACUCUGCAUGUUUUGAGCAAAAUACACUUUUUCUAUUGCAUAGGGGGAAAAAGUAGCAAGUAAUGAAAAAGUAUUUAUUAGGAGAGUAAAUGGAAAUCCUACGGCUUCUAAAAUGGCAGCUGAUUCAGGAGAAUAAAAUCACUUGGUAUACUUCCUGCAUCAUUACUCUAGACUUUUUCCUGCUUAGGGCACACUUCAGUAUUAAUAUUAAAGAUUAAAAAAAAAAAUCUAUUUAGUUUCCAUCUGCUUUUAAUCCCAAGCAUGUGUACAAGACAGUAAAUUAAGUCCAAAUGUCUUGAUGUUUGCUCUGAAUAGUACUCUGAUGCCCCAAGUUGCAUUAAACAUGAAAAAAAAAUCAGUUCGAGUUUCAUAGUUUUUAAAAUGAAACUUUUUAACUACUAAGUUAGAGUAAGCCAGUCCCCUGGGGGCCUGAGAAAGCACAAAUCUAUGGAGAAAUCAUGCUCUUGUUUUGAGUUGCAUUAUGUUACUGGGCAUGCAUUUUUUAUUCUUUGGGACUAUUGUGUGAAACUUUGUUACAAAGAUUUAAUAAGAAAUAUAAUUUGUCUUAUUUUAUCCAGUUAUAAGUAUUAAUUAAUUGCUAGCAUCUUAAAAAUAGAAUUGGUAAUUUAGCUACAUGUACUUUACUGCAGAUGAUGGCAUGUAGUAUGAGUAUCAGAAACAGGGUAAUUCAAGUGUUGGUGGUUACUAACAGUAUGUUGUCCUUUUAGGCCUAGUUGGAUAAAAGCUGAUCUUGAGCAUACCAGUGUUUUGCCCAGAACCUUGAAACUAUGUUUGCAUUUCCGCUUUAUUGCUGUGGUAGUCAUGGAAGUACUCACAGGUUUGAAAGUGUACGUCUAGAUAUUUGAGGGAGAAGGAGAUAAAGGAUUGAUUAAUGUAUGUUGCUUAAUUCUUGAGGCAUCGGUUGGGAAAACUGGUAUUGUAGAAUCUCCUUUGUAUGAUAGUUUUUAAAAAAAAUCAAAAUUUUUUAAACAGUCUUGUAUAUUCAAAACUGCCAAUGUGGAGGAAGUCAAAUGGAGUAUCAUUAAAGAGGUGGAAAAACUGUAUUUUACUAAAGGUCUUAUUUGAGUUCUUGAUCUUUUACUGAUUAGACAUUGAGGAUAGUGUGCCUCAAACCUAACCUUCUGUUACGAUUAUGGUGAAAAUUCUGCAAACUUCUGCAAGGCUUUAAAAGGGAUGUGAGGAUGUAAGGUGACAUACUGACUGUAGGAUUAGGCCAAAUCAUUAAUCUUGAAGCUUGUUACUGGCCUGCUCUGGUUAUCCUAACCCAUUCCAUUUAAGACUUUGUUUUCUAAUGUGUAUUCCAGGUUUUCUUCUGUUGUAAAAGCAUUAAAUUUUCUUUAUGAUGUGGAAGAUAUGAGCUGUAUGAAGUCUUAUUUGAGGAUUCUAACACUGAACUUGAUGGAAAUGGGUUAAAAAAAAGCAUCAGAUGUCAGAUGCACAAUAAAAACAGUUCUUUAUAUGAUUUGGCAGGUUGUUACAUAUCUCUCCAUAUGUGUUUUAUAAGUAUAUGAAUAUCAUUUAUGUAUUCUUAAUCUGUUGUGUCAUUAAAAAGAAUUUGUCUCUUCCUAAGGGGGAAAAAAAAAAGACUUUGUUCUGGAUUAAUUAAAUUUCAAAGUUUCUCUUUUGUGUAAAUAAAUACACAAUAAUUAACAGAAUACAUGCGAACUUAAUAGUUAUCCUUUCUAAACUCACAGGUGUGUGGAAACACUAAUAUGGAAAAGUAAAAGUAGAUAAGUGCUCUUCAUAGAUUUACAGAUGGGGAGAUAAUAUUGUGGAAAAACAGGAAGAUGUGGUUUGACCUCAUCUUUCAGUUUCCUGCAUCUAAAAGUUUAGAAACUCUCAUAGAAUUAAAAACCGCAAGUAAUGACUCUUAGAAACUUCAUCUAAAAUCCUUAAAUGUUGUUUCAGAGUUCUGCUAUAAAUGAAACUAGUUCAGUGUAAACAUUCAAAUAAAAGACAUAUUUUAAUGGACAAAGUAAGUCUGAAAGCCUGUGUUUCAUUAAGAUGUGGAGAAGAGUUACGUUAUUGGGGAGUUGGCUAUAUUUUCUUAUAUUUUUAGUUUUUAUCUACAUAACCUAAAGGAAAAGAGGUGAAACUACAUUAGUGACAUGCAGGGGAAGGUCUAAAUAUACAAGACAAAACUGUGCUGGGAAAGGGCUGGAGUCCAAAUAUGUAUACCUUAUGUACCAAUGCAUCCAAUAGAGGACUUCUAUUUCAAGUUCAGAGAGCUCCUGUGUAAAAUUAGGUGCUGCCCAGAUCUGGUUCUGUUCUUACUACAGGAAAAUGUCAUCUUUGCCUUAAUUGUGACAAAACAAGAAUAGGGUUAUCGGGAUUCAAGUUUAUGGAGAACAUAAUUAUCUUGCCAUAGUGAUAAAUCUGAAUGGUUGAAGAGUUAGCAUCUUAGGUAGCUUGUCUGAUUAGUGGGUGUGUGUACAGCUGCAUGACUGUCACAGCCUUCCCACUACUUGGAAUAUGGUAGUGCCUUUGGUUGUUUCAGCAGUUGCUUCAUGUGCCUCAGUUAAUGAAGCUCCUUUAUGGCUAAAAGGAUGCUUUUCAAAGUCUUCAUCUUUUCUGCUAAGCAAAUAUCAUUUGCACAGUGACAGCCACCACAGAUGGGGGUUUGGAGUGGUAUAGUCAGGAGGUGCUUAAAUCAGCAUUUAGCUCUUGCCAGCUACAGUUGUCUUAGUUUACACCUUUUCAGUCAUUGCAGUGCUCUUCCAAAUACUACUUUUCAUUAAUUAGAAAUGUGGUAUUCUCAAUUAGGCAUUGAUCUGAGCAAGCUUGAGUAGAGACUUAAGAAAUAUCGUAGAAAAUUUUCAAAAAAUACAAACUGUUUCUAUUUUUACUGUCAAUGAUACAAAUUCCUUUAAUAAUUCAAGGUUUGCUACAGAAACUGAAUUGUUGGAUGACUCUGAUUCCCUAAUUUUGUAAUAAAGAUAUGAAAACUUCAUUCUCCCUCCAUUUUCUGAGGAUCUCCUUUAAACUGUGUGCAUAUCUGCUUUUAUUUUAGCUUGCAUAGCUUGGUGUAAACUAGAAUCACUUAAACUUUAUGCAUAAGCAUUUCCUGUCAGAGCAUACCAAGUAGUUAGAUGCUGAUCAGAUGCGAGAUUUUGCAGAGCUCAGAAUGAAAGUAAGUUGACCAAAAUAAGUUGUUAAAUAAGAUGAAAAUAAAGUUACAAGAAGGCAAGAACAAAGUUGAGCAGAAUGUGGAAACAAACUGAGUUCUGAAGGUGGUCUGUGAGAAGCAGUGUGAAAGAAUCUGAUAGCGGGUAGAUAUUCUGUUAACCUGUCAAAGAAAUGGAUGCAUCGGUGUGCAGAACUUCAGUUUGAAAUGUGGACUGCUUUGGAGAAGCUGCUGCUUGCUUACGUGGAGUUUCUUUUUCAAGACGUUGCAAAUAAUGUUUGUUGUGUGUUGGAAUGGAUGUUUGUUCCUUAUGUACAUCAAAAGUCACAAACAGGUAACUGAAGUAAAAGCUUUUAUGUUUUAGUCUGUGUAGCCAUUGUCUCAUUAAUGUGUUGAUACUUACAAAUUUGUCAUCUGAAAUAAUUUUGAUAACUUAGUUUUAAAUCAAUAUUUUUAAUGUAAGAAUUAUAGCAUGAGCUUCCAUCUUGAAAUCUGAAUGAACCGUUAUGAAAAAUAGUACCAAGAAUCAAUCUCUUUGAUUAGAAAUAUUUAGUCUUGAAUAUGAUGCCAACUGACUGCCUUUCAUGUGAGAUGAUAACAGAAGGAAAUUACCUGUUUCUUACCAUGUGGUCUUGGCUUAGUCCUGUGCAAAGGGGUUUCAUCACUGAGGCCUCUGCACUCUGCUCUGAAGUGAAGAAAAUGGUACCCAACUGGAGUGUCUUUUAAGAGGGGGUAUAUGGCAGAAGGGUUAAUAGUUUUCUUAACACUCACUGAAGUGCCUGAUCCGUUAUUCAAACUUGAAAUUAUUGCUAUUACAGUGCUUUUCAGUCCUCUUUGUUACAUGUUAGUAGGUGCUUCCUUUGCUCUGUGUAUGACACCUAAGGCUUAAUGCUUUUUAAAAAAUGUUUGAUGUUCACUUAGGAAGCUACUUCAUUUUGGGUAGGAAGAAUAACUUUAUCUUGCAGGUAGUAGUGACUUCCACUACAAUUAAGGAAUGUGAAAUGGUACUAGGAAGCUGGGAUAAAUCCUGCUUUAGAGCAGCAUCAGCAAUAUGUCCAGUUGUGCAAGGAAAGGACAAAAAACCAAGUUCAAGUCCCAGCUUGCCAGAUGAUGGAGCUUGUACAGUAGUAGCAAGUAGAGAAUCUUUGCUCUUCAGUUUUAUGCAGUUGAGUUUACCACUUACCCUGUUUUGAAAAUUUUCACAGGUUCCUUGGUGGCAUUAUGCUCAACUUUUAGCCCUGGUCUGAAUACUAAUCUGCUAGACUAGGCAAGUGCAGGCUUGGUUUGUUGCAAGGUCUAGUUAUGUCGUGUUGAAACAGAUCUGUAAAUGCUUUCUUCUCCCCAAGACAAAUUUUUGUGAGAAAUGGUUCUCUAUUCAACAUUGCUGUGUGGUUUUGUUUGUAAACAGGUAAGUCAGUGGGCCAGUAUGUGAUAGAACAUUUGCAGGAUGCCCUGCAGUUUGUUAUGGUUACUGCUGUUCCCUUGUCUUUGUCUUGAAAUAAGCUUCCAUUUCCUGUAUAUUUCAUAUCUAAUCUAACACUUUCUGUUUCCUACCAAAUACAGCUGUAUUGUGGUGGCAGCUAGAAAUUGGUGUUCUGCGCUUGUUAUGAAGUAAUCUGAGUUAGAAGUUGUCACCCAUUACAAUUAGCACAGGAAACAUGUUACUUAAUUCCCACAAUGAAGUACCAAAUCUUUUAGGUACAAACAGAAACACAGGGGGUUCCUUCUGGGCAUCAGGAAACACAUCUUUACUGCGAGGGUGGCGGAGCACUGGCACAGGCUGCCCAGAGAUGAUGUGGAGUCCCCACUCUUGGAGACAUGGUUCUGGGCAUUGGCUCUAGGUGGCCUUACAUGAGCCAAGGAUUUAGAGCAGAGGAUCUCUAGAGGUCCCAGCUUUAACCGUUCUGUGAUUCUGUCAUCUAAAUAAAGUUUUUACUUUAUUAAACUUUAUAUGCUAAACCCUAUUACAUGCUUAGGUAUUUGAAUGCUUCCUUACUAGGUUUCAUUUCAAUAUAGAUGUAUGUAUUGAGUAGUAUUGUUAAAUUUCACAUUUUCAAAUGAAGCACAUCAAAGAUGAAAGCUCUUUGAGUGAAUCUUGAGGUGUUGAUAAUAAGGACUGUGUGACCUGCCCUUCCCCCAGCACAGUCUUACUGCUUCAGAGAUUUUAGCCCCACAAAGAUAAUCAGUUCUGCUGUCAUUGUUUUGGAAGAGGAGGUUAGGACACGGGCCUAACUUGGCACCUGCUGCAAAACUGACAGGUAAGGAACCCUACAGGAGGGAAUGGGGAGCAUUGUGUGAAAUUGUGCCAAGCAGCAUUGCUAACACUUCAGAGGCUGUGUAUCAGUGUGUUUCACAAUUCCUGAGGAAUAGUGAUCUUUUAAAUUAGAGAAAAUUGGAUUAUACACAGUCUAGGAAGUUUCCUGUGAAACUAGAUUCCCCCUUAGUUUUUGGAAGAUGCAAAAUGUCCUCAAACUAGUGAGGUCAUCACAUCUCAACUAUAUCUAAGUAUUUUUCUAUAAUACAAAUAUAUGCUGUUUUUUUUGUAGUCUUAAAACUGUAAAAUCUGAGAAAACUAUAUCGGGCUUUGCCUAUACUAAUUUUUGCUACUUUAAAACAAAAAGCAUUUUGAAAUAAAAUUAAACUGAUGUUAAUAGAACUAUGCAUAUUUAAAUGUCUCUAAAAUCUUAGUGGUUCUCUUAUUUCAGAUUGCAUAAUUGUAAACUUGUUUGCACAGUGUGUAGCACAAUGGUAUCCUGACUUCUGUUAAAGUAAUAGACCUAUACUUAUGCUACUUAAUUCUUUGCUAGCUGUGCUGGCUUAACUUGUUUACCAGCAGACUUUUCUAAAUUUGUUUCAAAUUCUGUAAGUUUCUGUGAUAGGUGACCUCAGAGUUUACAGAAGUUGGCAAAACAAGCUCAUGAAAUUUUAACUGUAGCUUCCAAUGCCAAGUGAUACAGCAGUUUCAGAUGCUUUUGAUCUGACUUUCUUGAGUUUUCUUUGUGAAGGCGCAUCUAUACAUCAUUAUUUUUAGGUGACAGAUGAUGAGGGUUAAGGGUUAAUCCCUUGCUUCUUCAACAAUUUUGUACUUUUUAGCUGUUUGUGACAAUGUAAAGAAUCACAAAAUGCUCAGAACUUCACAUCCAUGUAACAGGGCAUGUGAGUACUGAAUGGAGAAAAUUAUACUGUUCCUUGGAGGUUUUUCCAAACUGGUCAGCAUGAACGCAGUCAUUGAAAGUAGAAAUCUGAACAUUUGAAGAUAUUUCUGCUGUAUUAAUAACAACAUAAGUAGAGUGGAUAAUUAUGAAAAUCGGUGAUUAGCCAGCUAUUCUGGUGCUGAAGUUUCCUCGAUAUGGGAAUGUCAGCAGUAUAGGGGAGGGGGCUGUUUUAAAAAAUACAGGAUUGAGUUGCUGUUUUAUAUAGGAUUGUCUUAGUGACUUUGACUACAGCUUGGCAGUGUGCAAGAUUUUGCAAAAAAUAUAAUGUAUACAUUUAUAUAUAUAGCACUUAAAUUAUACUGUGUGAUAGAAGCCUGAGUGAUGUUAAGAAGUUAAAGACUUCCUUCUGCUGAUCAAACCCAAACUUCUUAGAAAUCAUGAGGAAUCUUUUUUACAAAAAAAAAAAGGGAUCCUCCUUUUGUUUUAAAUGCAUGGCAUCUAGGAACAUAAUGACUUGUAAAUGAACAAUUUUUAUUAAUUUUACAAAGUGCUUACAAAUGCCAGUAUCUUUGAAUUCAGACCUCACUUAAGCUGCUCAGGUGAAAUCUUUGUCCUUUAUGUUUAAAUACUUUCAGACAUGGUCAUCAUUCCCUAAAUACUGAAGAAAUAGUCCAGCUUCUGUAUGGUGAAGUAUUGCAGUGCAGGCAAAACAGAAAAACAAAUGUCCCUUGAUUACAAUAUUGUCACUGGCAUGGGUUUAUUGACUAGCCGCUAGAAAAUGCCACUGUUCGUUCUUUUUUGAAAUCUAAUUCCAGAAGAGGAAUAUCACUACAUUCACAUUCCUCAUUCUGUGUAACAUGCUAACUUCAGGUACCCUACACCUUAUAAAUUGAAAGUUGUGAAAUAGAUGUAAAAUAUUUUUAAUAAUCUUGUCAAGGGAAUUGAAUGCCUUGCUGGCUCGGUUGAAGUAGUCUUUGCCCUUUUGUUUCUAGGAACUUAAUACUCCUUCUGGUAACGUUAAUUUUUUUCCCUUAAGUGCUUACUUGCUUCUACUACUUUUCUGCAAAUAUAUGCUCCUCCAGGGAGAAUUUGGCAAACACGAGAUUGGGGAAAAUUAUGUAGCAGUUUGUCUCCUAUAAUCCCUGGCAGCCAUGCAGUGAUGCCGGGUGACGAUUUAUUCUCUGAUGGUUUUAUUGUCCUCAGCAGGGGCUACUCACAAUUAAGAUGAGCAGGUUUGACCAGACUUAAGUGAAAACUAGAUGAAUGGAGAGGAUAAGGUUGCUUGACUAUUUAAGAAUGUCUGUAGCACUGUAUCUUUUGUUAGUAUGUCAGCAGCCAAAAUUGUUAUCUGUUACCUU